AUGCUCUUCAACGUCCUUGCAAGUCUCCUGGCUACAUCUACUGCUGUUGAAGCGCAGUACCCCGGUAACGCCCCAUCUGCUUCUUACACCCUCCCCAACAAGCCAGCGAACGGAUGGGAGACUGUGUCGAGCAAGUUCUGGUUUGACCCCAACUCAAUCCGUGCUUCGGGCUACUACGCGGCCGCUCAGUGGUGGUUCAGCGACAACACCGACGUGUUCUACUUUGGCCUCCAGCCUAUGGGCAAGAACGACUCAAUGGCCAACCUGGGACAGAACGGUCUUGCCAUCUUCUCUUGCUUUGGCAAGGGCGUGAACGUUGUGGACUCGGAGCUCUGCUAUGGUUCGGCCGAUGGUGGGGAUGGCGUGAGUUGCAGGCUCAACGUCAACCUCGACUUUGGCCAUUGGUAUGAGAUCAUCGCGAGCCUGGUCGACAUCGACGCUACAGGCCGCCGGACAUGGAACGGAACGUUGGUAGACGACCAAGGCACCCCAACCCACAUAGGUUCGUGGUCGACCGACCCGUCGUUCGGCGCCAUCAAGGGCGAUGUCGCUCAAUGGUUCGAGUUUUACUCUUUCAACGGUCAAGAAGCCAUCCCAUAUUCCCAAAAGGAGUGUCAGUUCUACACGUCGGUUCACUUCGGACUUCCUACCGGCUACCCGCACGGCCCCAGUGGGCCUGCCGUCCAAGCGGGCCCUCACACUGGGGUUGGUAAACUCAUCAUCGGCGACAAGUGCGCCGUCGCAGCCAACACACCCAACCAAAAAGAGUCAUUCGGUGCCGACGGCUCGGUCACCAUCACUGGCGGCUUCCUUCCCGGAAGCAACGACAACGUCCCCCUCCCCUGA